CUUCUCCCUCGGGCUCUGCAUACGACGUCUGGCUUCCUCUGGUUCCUGUCUUGACGAACUUCUCUUCCUUCUGUUACGACCCCUGAUCUUCAUUGCUGUUGACUAGCACUACAUUCGCUCCAUAUCCAUCCAACCAACGCACUAGAAUCCUCUAUCCAUUCAAAAUGUUGAAGAACGGAUCUUUCGCUGUUGCUGUUAUCCAGCGCCAAGUCGUCGUUGUACAAGCUACCCGCACCCACUCCAAACGCGACAAGCAAGUGGACGUGGUCCCCUACAUCCCCUUCGGAGGAAGCGACGGCCUCUUCCUCGUCUCCCCUGUCUCCAACAUCGUCCACAUCCCCUCCAGCGACAUCCUCACCGUCCUCUCCGAAGGCUCGCCCUACCCAGAAUACGAUUCUGAAUACGACACUCCGCCCUCGAGCCCCAAAACCCCCCUUCGUGGCUCCUUCGGUACCUCGAAGGAGAGCGCUAACAUCGAUCAGGUCGAUGUUGGCAUGAUCAGGCUGCCGCCGAGGAUGUUGGAGGAGUAUGUGCGCUUGAGCGAGAAGCAGGUUAGGAGGAACGAGAGGGCUUGGAAUGCCUGGGUCUCCAGGCGCUAAGGCGCUCCACUCAAUGUUGUACCAACCAUGGCCGUCGCCGUCCUUUCUGCACCAUGCUCAAGAUACCCAGUCACUCGAUGCCGGAUCGUCACAACCACAAAACACCCCCAACCUCGCACACUGCUAUGACCUAUGCUCUGCUCUCUAUGCUCUAGAUGUAUAAACCACCAACCUGUUGUUCCAUCGUGUACUUUCAUCCCUCGUCUCCCCAUCCAGUCGUCACUAUGUAGCGCUAGUAACCUCGCAUACCCCAGUCCUGUAGCUGUAUUUCUAGUUGACCACCCUCGCCACCACUGGCACCCCCACUGUAUUUUUAGUUAUUUAUUCAAUGCCUAGAUCUCGGGCGACUCUGUAACUCACAUAAAACCCUAAAACAUGAAUUCAUCUUCCAAAAUUCUUGCA